AUGGCAAGCAAGCAGUUCAAAAAGAACCAAGUAGUAUGGGCAAAACUCAAAGGUUAUCCAUGGUGGCCAUCAUGCAUAUCACAAGUAGGGACCACAGAUGUAGUAGUAAAUUUCCUCGGCGAAAACACACAUGCCACUAUCAAGCUAGAUUAGGUCCAUGACUUCAAAGAGAAUUAUAGCUAGUACAUAAAAAACGUGAAUGAAAGAAAUAAAAAGCUAAAAUAGGCAGUAGAUAUCGGAUUAAGGAUCAGUGAGGGCAAAAGCAGUUACGAAGCGGCAAUACCCUUUUUUGAACCCAUCCUAUAGUCUUCUAGCUAAUUUUCAAACGAGCGCAAAAGCAUGGAGAGAAAAUAUCAAAUGGAGGAAGAAGAAGACGAUGAUAAUUAAUCUUCAUCAGAAAGCGCAGCAAAGAAUUCUAAAAAGGCAAAGAAAGGAGCAGUGACAAACAAACUCAGUAAUGAAAUUAGCUUAAAUAAAACAGUUUCUACGACAUCAACAGGUAAAAAGACCCCUAAAAAGGGCGUAAAACCAACUAGCAAAAGCAGUACAAAAGCAUCAGCAGAAUCUGAAAGCAAAAAUGGAGGAAAUGACAAAUUAGUUCCUGAAAAUGCUGGUGAACCCUCAUUAGCAGCUUCAGAGAAAGAAUUGGCAACAAUAAAUACCCGUUCUACACAAGGCAAGAAAUAAUAAAAAAUAAGUGAAAAGUAAACUCGUAGGAAUUCAUAAAAUAUGAAUAAAAAUUCAAGUAACAACAAUGUAACCAUUAACCCAGAAUUUGGCAUAGAAGAGCUAGUAGAUACAGAGCCUAGUCAUUUACUUAGUAAUCCAAUACAUGAAAAGGAAAUGAACAGCACAGAGCAGCUUGCUUAAUUCAACAAGAAUGAAAAUUCCAUGGAAAAAUCCUCAAGCAAUCACAUUAAUGAAUCUGAAUAAAAAGAAUUGGAAGAAGAUCAUUAAGAAAUGAAUUUAGAAAAGGCAACUAAAAAGAGCGCAGCUAGUGCAAAUGGAUCUCCAAGAAAUGGGUUUGCUGAAGACAAAAGAGAUAUAUACACAAAUAAUAGCAAUGCACAUAAUAGCAGUAGCAACAAUCAGAAUUAGUCAUCAGACAGCAAUUUACAGUCAUAAAAUGGCUAAAAUAAUUAAUAAAAGAGCGCUUAAAAUGGCCAAUCUUAGUCAACAAAUAAAAGAAACAAGCGUAGUGUAGCUUAAAAAAAUGGAUCUGCAGCUGCAAAUAACAAUAACUUAAAUAUUUAAAUUCCUACUGAAGCAGCUAAUUAAAAUGAAAUUAUUGAUUCACCUAAAAAGAAACUCAAAACAAAUUAAAUCAAAUCUUACAAUACAAAUCCUCAAGAUGCAACAGAAUUAUAACAAAGUCUUGAAGCCAUUUUAGAAAUAUUUUAAAAUUAAAAAAGUUCAAACAUAUUUAAACUCAGUGAGAUUAAAGACCUUGAUCAUUUGAGUGAUGCUUACUUUAGUCUUAACAUCCCUACAAUGGAAUUUUUCAAUACAAAAGUAGGCAAGUUAUUUGUAUAGCAUCUUUAAUUAGUUACUUAAUACAAGCAUAGCGAAGACUUUAUGCCAGAAAUUAAAUAAAAACUAGAAGUUGUUGUAGAGCAUAUUAGAGAUAAAAUUUUGACUGAAACUUUAGGCUCUGAAAUAAAGGAAUUAAUAUUCAAGAAAAAAGUGUAAAUAAAUGGAAACUGUGUCAUAUAAAACGAAGUAGAAGAUGAAAAGAGCAUUCAUUCAAACACUCAAUUAAACAAACAAAUUACAAGUCAUACAAAGUUAAAUGGAGACCUAGUGGUAGGUUAAGAAAAAGAAGCAGAAGACCCUAAGAAAUUAAGAGAUUAGCAACUUAGAAAAAAGAUCUGCAAGAAAAUCAAUGAACUUCUCAAAGAAAAUUAUGGUUUAGAAAAGGCAUAAGCUUAGGAUUUAUGUGUUUAAAUAGAAAGAAAAAUAAAAUCUGUAUAAGUAGAACUAAAUCAUGACUAUAAAAAUAAUGUAAAGGGAUUAAUCCGUCUGUUAAAGGCCAAGGAAAUAAGCAUAGAUAAAUUACAAAAGUGUAAUGUAGACGAGCUUAUUUAGGUAAUCUAACAUGAAAAUAUAUAAGCAGAAUUAAAAAGCUUAGGUGUUCCUCAAUUCGAAAAGAACUCCUCCCUUGCAAACAACAGUGAUUGA